AUGGAAUCCGACGCCGACUCUCCGCUUUCCGCCAAAGCCCGGUCGGUGGCUAUUGACCUCGGUAUGCUUUCUUUGCAAUCAGACUCGCGCCAAAAGCAUUACCUUGGGUCUUCCUCUGGGCUACUAUUUACCAAGCUCAUGGGUCUGGAUGAUGAACUUCGCCCAGCACAAGCUUCACGGCAAACCCGACGAUUGGCUCCUCUCCGUAUAUCGGACGAGGUUUACAGAACCCUCUAUGGGAGGCUGAAAAGUGAACUUCCCUCGCCCGAUGAGGCGUGUCUUCUGCUGGAAAUUUAUUUCCAAAACAUCCAUAUUGAUCAACCAUUCAUUCAUCCUGCAUCGUUGGUCAAUGCAUACCAGGCAUUGUAUACCUGCGCACAGCGUGGAUACGACAGUUCCGUUGACCGGAAUGGAUGGCUCCAUGACCUUGAUAUCUUCUCUUAUAACGGAAAAUUCGACCAUUUCGCUGGCCACAAUGCCACUCCAAUCUCUAUAUUCACCGCUGUCUUCCAUAUUUCUAUGGCAUUCUCUCUGGCUGCAACAGUCUUGACGCGCAAGAAAAAUUACGAUUUCUCUCCGGCACGGUUUCACCGAAUGGCAAUGUCUACAGCAUCGGAAACAUUUUCCAACAUUUCGGUCACAUCGUUGCAAGCCAUCUUAUUGUUGACUGUCCAGAGUCUGAUUGAACCGGCUGGCAUCAAUGUGUGGACAUUGACUCAUAUAGCUAUAUCUCAUUGCAUUGAUCUUGGGCUACAUCGUGAGCCAACUGAAUUCGAGGCCCCAAGGGAUGCAACGACCAUUCUCAGGUUCAUUUUCUAUACCGUCUACUCACUUGAUCGAUCAAUCGCUACAAUUCAAGGGCGACCUUUGGGAAUUCGCGACGAGACAUUCGAUAUCAAACCUCCAGAUGAGACGGAUAUUGCUGCGAUGACAAGAUUAACAGACAGCGAUCUUGAAAUCAAAGUACCAAUAUCUCAGCUCCUAGCCUUGUCAAUAUGCAGGUUUCACUUGGACCAACACAUUUCCGAGAUCAAACUCUUACUCUACCACCUACCGACCCGGAACCAUAGCUUUGUGUGGCCUACAAAUCUUUCAGAAAUACAAACACGCAUCAAAAACGAGCUGGAUCAAUGGCUGGCUGGUGUUCACCGGAUCGCACCCACGGGGAAUAUGGAUGAUGACGACAAAGUCAAACUGCAAUUCGAGAAGAUGAGGCAAGAACAACUUUACCAUUCUGCAAUUACGCUUUUGUUCCAGCCCUCACAAGUAUUCCCAUCGCCUAGCCAAGAAGCUUUGACCCUCUGCUAUCAAAGCUGCAGCAAACGCCUCCAGAUCUACGAUGCAGUCGGUACCCGGGACAUGCUCUAUUACAACUGGCGCAACAUCCAUGGGAUAUUCUCCUCAGGGGCUACUAUAGUCUACUGUGCCUGGGUUUCACGGGAAAUCCAAAGAACUGUGCCGUUUGCAAAGCUUCUUCGGGAUCUCCGGACUUGCUCGAAUCAUCUUAGCAUUGGAAGCCAGUGGUGGCCUUCUGUGCGGAACGGCAAGGAGAGCUUUGAAACGAUGAUCGAUCUGGUCAUAAAGUAUUUCAGCGACCUACAGCUGCAAGUGUUCCCUCUUUCAGCCCAUAGGCGGCGCCUUGAAAGUAAUGCUCAAUUCCUCGAAAGCCAACCUCCAGUGUUUGGCGCACAUGAUCCUGAUAGGGAUGUUCAAGGCUACGGAGUAACUCAAGAAAGCCAAUAUUCGCAGUCUGAACGUCCAGUAUUUCAUAAUCAAAACCAACAAUUGGAGACUAACGGGUAUCAACCUUUAGAACCAGACCUUGAUUCCGUGCUUGUCGAUUCCUUACAGGAUCUUAACGGCUCUUCAAUUGAAGCGGCAAUGGAAAACUUCAUGGCCGAGUUCUUGCACGAAGAUUGGGGCUGGGAUCCCUUUUCCAGUUCAACUGGUGCAUUCGACAGCGGUCCUGGAUUUCCGUAA